AUGAACAAAGCAAGUGAUGGAGGUUACUUGGACAACAAGUGGUCCCUAUCAAUUAUCAUUUCAAGUAAGCGAAAUGCCACCCAGUCCAGCAGCCACUAUUCAAAUGUAGCUAACAACGCCAUUGACGGAAACAGAGACACCAACCUGAUGAAUGGUUUCUGCACACACACCCUGCAAUCAGACAAUCCCUGGUGGCGACUGGAUUUGAACAAAACCUACUAUGUGUCGUUUGUAAGAAUCACCAACAGGAUGGACUGCUGCUCGGAACGGAUCCUGAAAGCCCAGAUCCGCAUCGGGGACUCGAUGACGAACAAUGGGCGCGACAACAGUCUCUGUGCAACCAUCCAUACAUCUACCGAAAUUAACACCUACAACUGUGAGGGGUUAAGGGGGCGUUAUGUCUAUAUCAUACUUCCGGGACGUGACAAAAUCCUGAGCUUGUGUGAGGUUGAGGUUUUUCAUACCACGCUACCAACGAUGGAGGGUACUGCACACGGCAGAGAGGAAGAUGUCACGGUCUACCACCGAUUGGUAGACCAUCCGCUGCAUCUUACUGCAGACGUUGAAGGAGUGGACCCUUCAACAAAAGUACAGCAGGCUCUGUCCGUUUUUGUACAGGGCCUCCGCCUUCCUAACCAGUCCAAUUUACUGUCCAGUUGA